CUCUCUCUCUCUCUCUCUCUUCCUUCCUUUUCUUUUAAAACUGAAAACAAAAACAAAAACAAAAACGCAGUAACACAUCAUAAAAAGAAUAAAUUAAGACUCCCAUACGCUCGCGACAAACCAUUUACCAUGGGUUGCUGCCAUUCAAACGAUUCUCAGGAUGGCAAAGCUCGAAACGAGGAGAUCGAAAGCCAACUGAAGCGCGACAAACAUAAUUUACAAAAUGAAGUCAAGAUGUUAUUACUAGGUGCCGGAGAAUCGGGAAAAUCGACUAUUCUAAAACAAAUGAAAUUGAUCCAUGACUGUGGCUACUCAAAAGAAGAAAGAAUUGCUUUUAAAGAAAUAAUUUUCUCCAAUGCGAUGCAGUCUAUGAAGGUUAUCAUUGAUGCCAUGGAAGAUAUGGAACUCCCAUUGACGCAUCUUCGACAAUACGCAGACAUAAUUAUGAACCUCCCAGCUCAAAUAGAGAGAGACACCUUACCUCUCGAGGUCACGCAAGCAGUGAAGAUAUUAUGGAAAGACCCAAAUUUACAGGCUGCAUUUGAACGUAGUCGCGAAUUCCAGCUCAACGAUUCUGCUAAAUACUAUUUUGAUUCAAUAGAUCGAAUAGGAGAUCCACACUAUGUACCCACAGACCAAGAUGUCUUACGGUCUCGAGUCAAAACAACUGGAAUUACUGAAACAACCUUUGUUAUCGAAAAUCUUACAUACCGAAUGUUUGAUGUCGGUGGUCAGCGGUCUGAACGUAAGAAAUGGAUCCAUUGCUUUGAAAACGUGACAGCCUUGAUCUUCCUGGUGGCCAUUAGUGAAUAUGACCAGUUUCUCAUUGAAGACGAGACAGUGAAUCGUAUGCAAGAAGCCCUGACUCUUUUUGACUCCAUCUGUAAUUCUCGUUGGUUUUCAAAGACAUCCAUUAUCUUGUUCCUAAACAAAAUUGAUAUAUUCAAGCAAAAACUUCCAAAACAUCCUUUAUACGAAAGUUUCGCAAACUUUACUGGGCCAGAGACCUACGAGGCCGCAGGAGAAUAUAUCCUUAAACGCUUUCUAUCGCUGAACACAGAGGAAAAGCAAAUUUACACCCAUUUUACAUGUGCAACAGAUACGGAUCAAAUCAAAUUUGUAAUGGGUGCAGUGAACGAUAUCAUCAUCCAAAAUAAUUUACAAGAUGUUGGUCUCAUCUAAACAAAUCCAGCAGCAAAUACUAAAUAACAAAGAACAAAUAGCAAAUAGCAAAUAGCAAAUAGCAAAUAGCAAAUAGUAAUAAUAAUACCCUUAAAUACUAGCUUUUCCUCUCUCAUGGCCACUAAGUAAUGUUUACAUGGCCACACUUGUAUCCCUUCCAAAUAUCGACUCUUUAUCUAUCUAUCUCUCUAUAUAUUUCAGAUUAACCUUCAUUCACUCGUCCUUAUUUGGCCACAACCCCUUUCAUUUCCUUGUCUUUCUUUCCUUUCCUUUCGAUUGUACUUUUUAUUUUCCUUUUCCUUUUCCCUUUUUUUACUGAUGCAAACUAUAUUUCAUUAUUUU